UUUGUCUGUUAGGUCAAGCAAUUAUUAUUAGACCUUUAAACUUCAAUUUCAUGUAAAAAAAUGACCAUAUUACAAAAUAAUGAACGUUAAUAAACAAACUAAAUAUUUAAAUGCUAAAGCCUACUUUGAUUGUUUUUUUUACAGAAAUUGUAUCCGACGACCUUUUUUCCUUGCAUACAAAUCAACUGUUUUUUCAAGAAACUCCUCAGUCGGAAUCUCAGGAGCCUCGAUACUUAUCAUCAUGCAAUGAAAUAGGGUUCCCGGUAGCAUUCUAGAUCUUGUCUUAUUCAAAAUUCUGUUCAUUGUACUGAAAGAUCUUUCCACCGAAGCUGUAGUCACAGGAAUGGUAAGAAUAAUUUCGCAAAGUUUUUGUAACUCGCAGUAGCCUACAUCAGCCUCAAGGAGUUUUAUCACUGGACUCUCGUCCAAUUUGAAUUGCCCUCUAUGAAUCAUGGAUCGUAUAAAAAAUUGGAAGGAUUUCAAGUCUGCAAGUACACCUUCGACAUCGAGCAUAGGAAAGUGUGCGCAAAACUUACUUGCAUCAUUGUCUUUUAAUUCUAAUAAUGAUUUAAAUGUGUCAAAGUGGCUUGAAAAUACCAGGAUAUCUAUCGAUUUGUCGUUGAACCUGUCUUCAAUAUCUUGGAGGACACUUUCACUGUAUUCUUUCAUACCCUUGAAUGUUUUUUUUGAAUCUUCAUCAGCAACUAGGCACACCUCAGAUCCAAACUUCUCUGUUAUUUCGCUUCGGACAUUUUUUUGCAAGUCGCUGUUGAUGUCUCCACAUUGGUCUGCAAUAUCUCGUAAGUGAAGUUUUGUUGUAGUAAUUAGAGGAAUGACUUUGGUCAAAUUCAAAUCCUUUCUCUGCAAAGCAUUACUCAGGUAAGAGAGUGCACUGAGGAGUUCAUUCAUCACAUGACAAGUUAUGAGAAAACUCUCAUUUCUGAUUUCCAGCAAAAUUCCCCCAGCUAAUGACGCGAGGUCUGCUCCUUCUUUAUGAAUGUGCUCACAAGCCAUCAAAAUAGACUUCAAGCAUCUUAAGAUAGUAUUCACUACCUUGUAGUGGGACAACCAUCUCACUUCAAUACAUUCUGGAAUCUUGAGAACUGGAUCAUUUACUACUGCUUGAAUUUCAUGCAAAAUGUUUUCUUUUUUUGGUGACUUAGGGCCGGUUUCACCAACGUAGUUUAAGCAAAUUAAUCUCGAUUAGUUUCAAUAUAAACUCGUUUAGUCAAUUGUGCGUUUCACCACAUGCGUAAUCUCGAUUUUCCAGAGUAAAUCGAGAUUUUAUAUUAACUGGCCAAUUUCAUCCAGUUUGCGCAGCUAAUCUCGCUUAUCGUAUGUAAACAAAUGGCUCGAGCCGCUUACAAUGUUAUAUUUGAAGAAGAUUCGGAUGGAGAUGAUUUUAUUCCCUUGCGUCGACCUCGUACAAUUCGUGAAAGGAGUAAUUAUUUUGAAAGCUAUGAUGAAGUGGAAUUCAGAACCCAUUUCCGUCUGUCGAAACAGUCUGCACAUAGACUUCUGGAAAUGAUUGAGGCUCAUCUGGAAUAUCCGUCUGACAGGAACAUGUCUGUAUCACCUAUGCAGCAGUUGCUAGCUACAUUGAGAUACUAUGCAACAGGAUGCCAUCAGCUAAGUACUGGAGAUUAUGCUGGUUUCAGCAAAAGCACAGCACACAGAAUUAUCCACAAAGUUAGCUGUGCUGUAGCUUCGCUUCGUCCAAACUUCAUACAUUUUCCAGAAACACCACAAGAAGUUCACAUUGCUCAGAUGGACUUCUAUAAUAUUGCACGCUUUCCCAAAGUCAUUGGUGCAAUGGAUUGCACUCAUGUGAGAUUACAGUCCCCAGGAGGAGACAAUGCAGAAAUGUUUCGAAACAGGAAAGGCUACUUCUCCUUGAAUGUUCAAGCAAUAUGCGAUGCAAAACUUCAGUUUACAGAUAUUGUUGCAAGAUGGCCUGGCUCAACACAUGAUAGCACAAUUUUCAGCAAUUGCUACAGGAGGGCUAUGUUUGAAAAUGGCAGAUACAAUGAUUGUGUAUUGCUCGUAGAUUCAGGAUAUGCCUGCAAAUCAUACAUGAUGACCCCACUUGAGAGCCCAGAUAGACCACAGGAACAUCUGUACAAUGAAUCUCAGAUUAGAACACGAAAUCCUGUGGAGAGGUUGUUUGGGUGUUGGAAACGAAGGUUCCCCGUUUUAGCAUUGGGUUUUCAAAUACAACUGGAAAACACAUUUCCUAUAAUAGUGGCAACAGCUGUAAUACAUAAUCUCUUGCGGCAAGCUGGGGAAGAAUUACCACCAGAUGACCCUGAUGUUAAUUUACCCAAACCGUGGGAUGAAUUAUUAGAAGAAGGGAAUGAUGAACAAAAUGUCAACAACAAUGCAAGACAUGCAAGAAAUGAUGCUAAGAGGCGUACUUUGAUUGACAACUACUUCAGAAGGUAUCCUAAAUAUUACCAUUCAUGUUACGAUGUUCUGGAUUUUGUGGUACUUUUGAAAUGUUACAUUGUAGGCCUGUUAGUUUCUACAUAUAGAGUUGUUGUCUGUACUUACCAAAAGUAAUAUUUUAUGUCAGGAACAAUUGUAAGGUUUACGAAUUACACAUUUACCAUUCAUUAUCAAAUAUUAAGUUCGUAAUCCAUUUACUGUUCACAAUUGCUAAUUUUCAUUUUGAUAUCACCAUACAGUUCAUUCACAAUAAAUUAACACUUCAUCAAACUCCCACAAAGUUAAAUUUAUCGGCCACCUGCAAACAGGACAUUUACGCAUGGCUGCUAUAUUUUAUUUGUAAAAUAUUACGUUAAAUAAUAAUGGCUUGUUAAAAUGUUAAACAAUUGUAAAGUGACCAUGAAUAGACUCCUAGACACAUGUAUUGUCUAUAAUUUCAGGAAACAAAAAAAAAAAUUUAAAAAAAAACUAUGUUUUUAAAAUGUGGUAUUGUGCUUCAACUUGAUGUGAAAAUAACCAAGCAUUUCUUAAGCCAAGACAUUACUGAUUUUUGUAGGUUGAUAUUAAAUUAGAAUUACUUGCCUAUUAAUUUGGCUUGUUAUAAAACACAAAUUUGAUUGCAUAAACUGAUUGGUUUUUUUUUUGUGUUCUAGCUUGUUGUAAGUGCAUCCCGAGGCUGAAGUGAACAUAUAAACUAACUGGAUUUGUUUUAUGCAAGUUAGUUUAAUUAUUGAAAUACUUGGAGGUUCUGAAGAAAUGUAUUUUAGAAAGAAUAACAAUUAUUUACACAAAAA